UUUUGGCCAGAAGUGACACCGUGGGACGGGAAGCAGAUCGAACUGUAAGCUGAGGAUCCAUCUUGCUUCAAAAAGAGACGAGGCUGAGGGAUUCUCCAGUUUAGAGUCACAAAAAAACAGUAUAAUUCCUCGCUGAGCUCACUGGAGAGCCCGAAGAGGGACGGUGUCGCUGUUUGUAGGAUGUCCCGACAUGAGGGUGUGAGUUGUGAUGCAUGUUUAAAAGGCAACUUUAGAGGACGACGGUUUAAGUGUUUGAUUUGCUACGACUACGACCUGUGUGCAUCGUGCUACGAGAGCGGAGCCACGACGACACGACACACAACAGAGCACCCCAUGCAGUGUAUAUUAACCAGAGUAGAUUACGACUUGUAUUAUGGAGGGGACACUUUUUCAGUAGAACAACCCCAGUCGUUCACAUGUCCUUACUGUGGCAAAAUGGGCUUCACAGAGACGUCCCUACAGGAGCAUGUCACCUCUGAGCAUUCAGAGACUUCCACUGAAGUGAUCUGCCCAAUCUGCGCUGCUUUGCCAGGAGGCGAUCCCAACCACGUCACAGAUGAUUUUACAGCUCACCUCACUCUUGAACACAGAGCGCCGAGAGAUUUAGAUGAGUCCAGUAGUGUCCGACACGUACGCAGGAUGUUCCACCCUGGACGGGGACUGGGCGGCCCCAGAGCACGACGGACAAAUAUGCACUUUACUAGCGGCUCCACGGGGGGGCUUUCAUCCUCCUCAUCACAGAGCUCCACUUAUACCCCCAGUAACAGAGAGACAAUGGACCCGAUCGCAGAGUUGUUGUCUCAGCUGUCAGGUGUGCGGCGCGCUGCAGGGGGGCAGAUAAACUCGUCUGGGCCUUCGGCCUCCCAGCUCCAGCAGCUCCAGAUGCAGCUGCAGUUGGAGCGGCAGCAGGCUCAGGCGGCGCGGCAGCAAGUAGAGGCGGGUCGCCACGCAACGCGACGCAGCAACAAUCCAAGCAACACUGGCACCACAAUCCCUCCUCCUAGCACAGCAACUGCCAACACCAACACUGUGGGCGAAAGCAAUCCCUCCUCCUCGUCCCACAGCUCCCAGUUCCUAUUAGCACGGUUGAAUGAACCUAAGAUGUCUGAAGCAGAGCGCCAGUUUUUCGAAGGGGAGCGCGCCGACCGCAGCUUGUUCGUCCAGGAGCUGCUGCUGUCUACGCUAAUGCACGAAGAGAGCUCCUCUUCAGACGAAGACGAGCGCCGAGACUUCGCCGACUUCGGAGCCAUGGGCUGCGUGGAUAUCAUGCCUUUAGACGUGGCGCUAGAGAACCUCCAGCUUAGAGAGAGCAGCUCUUCGGGGAGGGAGCCUCCGCCGCCUCCUCUUUGAUGUCCGAGCAUCGAGCAGACUGUGUCCUCUGUGCUGCAACUGUCAGUGAUGGACAGCCGCAGUCCCCGCCCCCUCCUGCCCCAGCCCCGCCCUCCUUUUCACCCUCCUCUAAUUUUCUCAGUUUGUUCUGGUGAUUGUAAUUUCAGGCCCGUCACCAUAUUUGUUACAUUGUAAACAAAACCUAAAGAGAGAGCAAGCGGGAUAAAGUGUCGGCGUGAGCGAGCAAGCGAGAGAAGAAAAUUCUAUAAAUAUAUAUAAAAUAUAUAUGAAGCUGAUAAUCUAUCCACUUAACUCUUCAUCAGGUUAGUGUUACAGGCAGACAUUUGCUUCCUGUGACGUAUGAAUGGCUCUCCAUAUAAAUACUCCACCUUCAAAAGUCAAGAGGACACAAGCUCCUCUGAUGAAGCUGCUGUGUGUGUUAAUGAUUACUAAUUAAAUAAAAAGUGCUUGGAUGGGUUACCAUAAACUACCUGCAUGCAGUUAUUUGCAGCGUGCAUGACUUUGAACGACCCUCUCAUUCAAAACUUGUUUUUAAGAUUUCCCCAAAGCUUUCAACAGUUUUUUAAGUGGUUACUUCAAACGUGGCAAGUAUUGAAACCGAAGUAGCUCGUAAUCCGACGUGAGGAUCGCUCUAACAGAAACGUUUUGUUACAUUUUCUUUGAGUAUUUAGAAGGAAGAGAACUAACUUGAUUCUUUGGUGGCUCUUAAAAAUAGCUCCGGUUUGUGGGUCAGCUCUAGUUGGCCCUCCGUGUUCCAGCUGCAUAACAUUCGAUAAAACCAGAGAAAUGUAAAGAAAACAAAGAGCUUGCCUCCUAAUGGUAACUAGUUUUAGGAAAAUGAAGCACAGUAAACUUUAUAAUCUGUUCGAUCCAGAGCUCGACUCUCUGCUCACGUCAGACCACAAGCUUUCAAUGGACUUCAGGAGUUUGCGCCUUUCCUUUUUUGUCUAAACAGACUUUUUCUGCUAAAGCUUGCACAUUCUAUUUAUUCAUCCUUGCUUUCUAUUUUUUUUAGCCUUAACAUGGGUCAUGCCACCUUCAUGCCUAUACUUUUACCCUCUAUGUAAAAAAGAAACAAAAAGAGAGAUGUACGGAUUUGUGCGUUAACUUUCAUAAGACGUGGGCAGACUUUUUUUAAAAUGUAAAUUUAGAAUACAAUAAAUAUGACACACAGCUUUUGAUGAAAGCGAGAAACCA